GGAAUUGUGCGCUCAAUUGGUUAAGACGUGUCGACGGAUAAUUAACGGCUGUUGAGUUGUAUUUUUUUUGUUGUCGCAGCAAGUUCUUUGAGCCGCUCUUUGAACGGCGUACAGCGUGUGAGGCAUAGAGCAGAAGAACACAACAAACAAACUGUUGUCGUUAUUGUUCCACUUGGAGAGAGCGAGUGAUUUUUGGCUAUGAAAAUGAUCGGCAGCGAUUACGUACUGGAAGCGCACAACAUAUUCCACACCACCGAGGUGGACGGUGGUGGUUGUUUCAAUGGUGCCGGCAACUCAGCUUUGGUGCUCAAAGGCGUCAAUCUGACCGUACACAGUGGCGAGGUGAUGGCCAUAUUGGGUUCCAAGGGCAGUGGCAAACGCGCUUUACUGGAUGUGAUCGCGAGGCGAGCGGAUGGCGCCACUCGUGGCCAGGUGCUCCUCAAUGGUUCUCCGCUGAGUAAGGCGCUCUUCCAGCAACGCUGUGGCUAUGUGACACAAUCGUGCACCUUCGUUCCUGGCUUGACAGUGGCUCAAACACUCCACUACACGCCCACUAUUCUUGGUGGUUACCUUAAAAGUUCCAAGGUGCGUCAAGUUCUGGCUGAUUUGGCGCUCUCACAGGUGGCCCACAAGCGUGUGGAGUAUCUAAAUAUCAGCGAGGCCAGACGCUUAGCCAUUGGGAUACAGCUGGUUAGAGAUCCGGUCAUGCUUCUUCUGGAUGAGCCCACACAGGGCUUAGAUCCCUUGAGUGCCUAUUUGCUCAUCUCGAUACUCUCGAAUACGGCCAAGAAGACGGGCUGUGGCAUCUUGCUCUCGUUGGAGAAACCGCGUUCCGAUGUUUUUCCAUUUUUGGAUCGUGCGCUGUUUCUCUGCUUGGGCGGAGUUGUCUACUCGGGCGGAACUCGUGCAAUGUUGGAAUACUUUCAUGCAAUUGGCUUCCCUUGUCCGCAACUGGAAAAUCCCUUAAUGUAUUAUUUGUGCUUGUCGACUGUGGAUCGUCGCAGUCGUGAUCGAUUCCUUGAGUCCAGUCAGCAGAUUGAGGCGCUUGUCGAACGCUUUUCCAGGGAAACGCCCAUCUCCGAUGCACCGCUGAAUAAUAUGGGUUCCGGGAAGGUACCAUUAGCUUAUGGCAAGCCAGGUGAACUCAAAGUUUGGGUCAUGCUCUACUUAAAACUAUUGGCCUCGACAUUCUCCUGCGGCGUUGUGGGCAUGAAGACGCUCUUCCUGCGUAUGCUGCUUCUUCCCAUAGCUAUGAGCAUUAUGUGGGCUUUCUACACAAAUGUGGGCGAUGAUGCUAGUGGAUUUUUUACUCGAAAUGGAAUGAUAUUGAAUAUACUUGGUCUAUCCUAUGGCUGUGGUAUAUUGACUACCAUAUCUCUAUUUCCCAUUUGGCGCAAAAAGUUCUCGCAGGACACACCGGAGGGUCUCUACUCGGGCACUACGCUACUCGUUGCCUACAACUCCGUUUCCAUACCCUUCUCAGCGGUAUCUGCAGUCCUCGCCAGUUGUGUUGUGUAUCCCUUAUUGCUGGACACCAAGUACAACAAUGGCACUGUUUUUGCCUAUCUUUUUGUGGCCCUUUGGUCCAGCUAUGUUCUGGCCGAGCAGCUGAGCAUCGCCUUUCUACUGGUGGUUAAAGUGCCCUUCAAUGCGGCCAUUGCAGUGACUUAUGUCCUGGUCAUAAGCAUUGCCUUGGCCAGCGGCACAGUGCGCUCCUUCAAGGGCUUGCAACCCUGGCUGCAGGAUAACACCAAGGGCACUCACACACGUUACGCCUCCUCGCUGUUGCACAGCAUCGCUUUUCAGACCCGCAAGCUAAAUUGCACGCCCACCGCCUCCGUAAUUUGUCCCAAGCCGGCGGACUUUAUGCACGAGCGCUUGGGUCUGCCAGAUCCAGAUGAAACUAUUGAUGUGGCUGCAUCCUGCGCCUUUGCCGUUGGCUUGGCCGCCUUCAACAUGCUGCUCUAUUUGUUCCCAAUGCCGCGUUGCGUACGUCAGAAAUUUAAAGACUGAGCGCCACGACUUAAUUUUGUACUGCACAAAUUAACUUAAAUUUAAUUAGUAGACUUUAAAUAAUAUUUA